CCUAGCAACCUUCACAUGCACUUUCUAGUGGCGAAUGAGAUUCUCUACUGUAUUAAAGCCUUGUGUAAACUACGGACAAGUCGCUCCUCCCUCACAGAGGACAGGUCAAAGAUGGCGUCGAUUAGGUGUUUUCUUCGCUCCGGGAAGAGUGCCGUCUCGGUGGUCCUGCGUAGAGAGUUCAGCAAGACCUCUCCAGCGGCUGUGCAGGUGAAUGUCCGAGAUGCCCUCAACCAGGCGAUGGACGAGGAACUGGAGAGGGAUGAGAAAGUCUUCCUUCUGGGGGAGGAGGUGGCCCAGUAUGAUGGAGCCUACAAGGUGAGCAGGGGACUGUGGAAGAAAUAUGGAGACAAACGAAUCAUCGACACACCAAUCACAGAGAUGGGCUUUGCAGGCAUUGCCGUUGGUGCGGCAUUCGCCGGGCUGAGGCCAAUCUGUGAGUUCAUGACCUGGAACUUCUCUAUGCAAGCCAUCGACCAGGUGAUCAACUCAGCUGCUAAGACCUACUACAUGUCAGCCGGAGCCCAGCCUGUCCCCAUUGUGUUCCGCGGCCCCAACGGCUCCUCUGCAGGUGUGGCAGCCCAACACUCCCAGUGUUUCGCUGCCUGGUACGGCCACUGCCCCGGCCUCAAAGUAGUCAGUCCCUGGAACUCUGAGGACGCCAGAGGCCUCCUCAAAGCAGCUAUCAGGGACAACAACCCUGUGGUGUUCCUGGAGAAUGAGCUGAUGUAUGGUGUACCCUUUGACCUGUCUGAGGAGGUUAUGCACAAAGACUUUGUCUUACCUAUUGGAAAGGCCAAGGUGGAAAGACAAGGAACUCACAUCACUCUCGUGUCACAUUCCCGGUGUGUGGGGUUCUGUCUGGAUGCUGCAGCCGUCCUGGCUAAAGAGGGGGUUGAAUGUGAGGUGGUUAACCUGCGUACCAUAAGACCUCUGGAUGUGGAGACCAUUGAGGCCAGCGUGAUGAAGACUGGCCAUCUGGUCACGGUGGAAGGGGGCUGGCCCCAGUACGGAGUAGGGGCUGAGAUCUGUGCCAGGAUCAUGGAGGGCCCAGCCUUCAACUACCUGGAUGCCCCUGCAGUCCGCGUGACCGGUGUUGACAUCCCCAUGCCCUACGCUAAGAUCCUGGAGGACCACAGUGUACCUCAGAUCAAAGACAUCAUCUUCACAGUCAAGAAGGUCUUGAAUAUGUAAACAUACCAAUGUCUCCCACCGUGUCUCCCACCCACCGUGUCUCCCACCCACCGUGUCUCCCACCCACCGUGUCUCCCUCCCACCGUGUCUCCCCACCGUCCCA